AUGUCUAACGCUCUCGAUAUGCCACUUGAUGAUAUUAUCAAGGCCAGCAAGUCCAGCCGUCGUAGCAACGCCCCCCGUGGUGCCCAGGGAGGCCGCGGUGGUCGCGCCUCAGGCCCUACCCGCAACCUGCGUCAAGGCCGCGACAACAAGCCCUACCAGGCUGGCGUACAGCAGUACCGUGCCUCUCCUGCUGCCCCCCUUCAUACCUCUGUCAUCCGCCAAAGCGUCCCUGAUGGCUCCAAGAUGCAGGUCUCGAACCUUGACAACCGCGUCACUGCCGAGGACCUGAAGCUCGUCUUCUCCACCAGAGUCGGACCCCUCAAGAAGUGCACGCUCGUGUACGAUCAGCACGGAAAGUCGACCGGCACUGCCGUGAUUCAUUUUUCUCGCGUGGGUGAUGCUGCCAUUGCCUACAGCAAGUUCAACGGAGUUCCCCUCGAUGGCCGCCCUAUGAAGAUCGAGAUCGUGCUGGCACCUGCCACGGCCCGUGCUGUCCUUCCUGCUGCCCAAACACCAAGGGCACCCGCUAGCAACCAAGGUCAGCAGCGCCCUCAGAGCCAGGGUCAGCAGCGUCCUCAGAGCCAGGGCCGUGGCGGUCGUGGUGGACGUGGACGUGGCCGUGGCGGGCGUGGUCAGAGCGAAAGGAAAGAGACCAAGACUGCGGAUCAAUUGGACGCAGAGAUGAGUGAUUACAUGCAGGUCGAUGCUUAAGCUAUCCCAACACAAAUAAGCAGUGCACGGAGAACAACUCGGUCAGCAUUAGAAUUUUGAUGAACUUCAUUCUAUUUGUGCGAUCGCCGUCCUCACACGGGGUUGAACUGUUAACGAUCACGCCUUAUUAUCCACUAUCAGUGUUGCUUCACAAACUGCCGUUACCAAAAAUAAUAAUAAAAAAACUAUAUGUAUUUUGCAGAUGUCGUCUAAGAUAUGCUACAGAGAGGAUGCAUUUUCGAUGAGGUGGUACUGAAGA